GCCGUGGCCCACCCCUAGUUGUGAUACCCGGGGUCUUAAACUUGUGGAAACUUAGUAUCAGGCAUCGCGGGCUAGCCCGCACGGCGGCAGCAGAUGGCUGUCUCCAGACGCCGCCUGUUUGUGUGAACAGCCACAGAGAUGACUUGGAUAAAUGGCAACCACGAGAAAUGAUUUCACUGCGUUUAUCCACUUUGGGCUCAGAACACCCCCCACCACCUCACCCCCAUAGUAGCAUUUUUGUUUUGUUUUCUGCAUUUCCGGCGGUGGAACGUGGUUAUCUCCUUUUAAUUGGCCGCCCAGUGUUGUCAGUCCCUGUUGGUAGAAGGCCGUAGCCUAUGACUGAGGCGUGCCCUGCAGGAAGUUUACUUUAUCGUGGGGCAUAAAAGAUCUAUCUAGAGGCAAAAUUGACCGUGUGAGAGGAUGGAGAAGGCUAAACGAAUGGUAGGGGAAAUGGGUGCUAUAGAGACUCAAAGAUCAGAGCAUCUCUGUGGACCCGGAGCAGUGCAGAGGUAGAGCAAACUAGCCAAGGAGGAUUCUGUUGCUUUGGAAGAUCAGUUUGAGCCAGUGACUGUCUGACUUAUCGUAGAGUGAUCGCAGAAAAAAGAUGCUUCAGGGGCCUCCCCGGUGGCCCAAGGGGUUAAGAUGCAACCUGUGAAGCUAUCCGCAGCCUCUGCAGCAUGAGUUCCAUCCCAGAGCCGUACAGACUUUUGACUGGUGUUGAUUACUUAGUUGGAAGAAAAAACUGUAACAUUCUAAUUGAAGAUGAUAAGUCAAUCAGUAGAGAUCAUGCUGUGUUAACUGCAAAUUUUUCGGUCAACAACCUGAGUCAAUCAGAUGAAAUUCCUGUGUUAACAAUAAAAGAUAAUUCCAAGUAUGGUACCUUUGUUAAUGAGGAAAAAAUGCAGAAUGGCCUUACACGCACUUUAAAGACAGGGGAUAGAGUUACUUUUGGAGUGUUUGAAAGUAAAUUCAGAGUAGAGUAUGAGCCUUUGGUCACGUGUUCUUCUUGUUUAGAUGUCUCUGGGAAAACUGCCUUAAGUCAAGCUGUAUUACAGCUUGGAGGACUUAAUGUAAAUAAUUGGACAGAAGAAUGUACGCACCUUGUCAUGGUAUCAGUUAAAGUUACCAUUAAAACUAUAUGUGCACUCAUUUGCGGACGUCCAAUAGUUAAGCCGGAAUAUUUUACUGAAUAUGUUAAAGCAAUUCAGUCCAAGAAACAGGCUCCACAAAUUGAAAGUUUUUACCCAGCUAUUGAUGAACCAACUAUUGGAAGUAAAAAUAUUGAUCUGUCAAAACGAAAGGAAAGAAGACAAAUCUUUAAAGGAAAAACAUUUAUAUUUCUAAAUGUCAAACAGCAUAAAAAACUAAGUUCAGCCAUUAUUUUUGGAGGAGGAAAUGCUAGAUUGAUAACAGAAGAAAAUGAAGAAGAAGAUAGUUUCUUUUCAACUCCUGGAACUUGUGUUGUUGAUGUAGGAGUAACAAACUCACAAACCUUACUUCUUGACCCUCAGAAAAAGUGGAUUCAUUCAAUUAUGGAUAUGCUCCAAAGGCAGGGUCUUAGACCUAUUCCUGAAGCAGAAAUUGGAUUGGCAGUUAUUUUCAUGACAACAAAGAAUUACUGUGAUCCUCAGGCCCUUGCCAGUACAGAAUUGAAGACAACUCCAGGGCCAAGCAUUUCCCAAGACUUUUCAGUCAAUGAGAAAUUAAUGCCAAGUGACCCAAUGAAUAUUAAAACAUAUAUAGCUGACACAGAAUCAGAGCAAGCAGAUACAUGUAUGGAUUUGAGUGAAAGACCAAAAGAUACCAAAAUAACCAAAAUGGAACAGAAAUUCAGAUUGCUUUCACAAGAGGCAUCUACUGUGAAGGAACCUCCCAAAAUAGGCUCCAGUAAUAAUAAUGUAUCAAAUUCUAUGCUUAGGGUGAAAACCCCUGAUUAUCAGCUUUCACCUACUAAAUUAUCAGGUGUGAAUAAAAGUCAAGGUCGGGCUUCUCAACAUCAGCAGACCAACUCAAUAAAAAACUACUUUCAGCCAUCCACCAAAAAAAGGGAAAGGGAAGAAGAAAAUCAAAGAAAUUCUUCAUCUAAAUUAGCAAGAAUAGAAAUGUCUUGUUCUCUCUUAGAACAAACACAACCUAUAACACCCUCAGUAUGGAAUAAUAAGGAACAGCAUUUAUAUCAGAAAGAGCCAGUGGACAUAAACUCAGAUAACUUAUUUACAGAGAUAGAUGUUGAAUCCUCUGUGAAAAAUUCUGCCAGUAAAUCUCUAUCUACUGAAAAGCUAAGAUCAGAAAAAAGAAGAGAUAGGGAUGAUUUAGACAUAGAGGAUGAAGUAUUAAAACAGUUAUUCAAGAACAUGAAACCAGAAUUAGAAAUUCAAGUGAAUGUUCAAAAACAAGAGGAAAAUGCCAAUAUUAAAAAAAGACCAAGAUUGGAUAUAAAAACAAAUGGCACUUUUAAUGAUGAAGCAACACUGGAAAAUAACAAAAUAUCUGAAGAAAGUGAAAUUGGGAAGAAAGGUGAGAUCAAGGAAGAAUCAUUAUGGUCAGCUAAAGAAGAAUUAUCUAAUAAUGACAAUCUUCAAGAGGAUGAUGAGAUGCUUCCAAAGAAGGUAUUACUGACUGAAUUUAGAUCUCUGGUGGUUCGUAACUCUAACUCCAGCAGUGUAUCCAGUGUAAACAAAGAUUAUGGUCAACUAAAGAAUUUUAAGAAAUUCAAAAAGGUCGCAUUUCCUGGAGCAGGAAAACUUCCACACAUCAUUGGAGGAUCAGAUCUAAUAGCGCAUCAUACUCGGAAGAAUGCAGAGUUAGAAGACUGGUUAAGGCAGGAAAUGGAGGUGCAAAAUCAACAUGCAAAAGAAGAGUCUCUUGCUGAUGAUCUCUUUAGAUAUAAUCCUAAUGUGAAAAGGAGAAGAUAACUGAAGAUUUCAUAAAGAAGCCAUCAAAAACAUUUCUUAUCAUACACUUCAAGUUUUUCCUGAGAUUACAUGCAUAGAAGUUUAGAAGAUUGAAGUUACAAAUAUUUUGUGGCCUAAGUUUGUUAAAUAAAAUGCACAAAAUUCCACACUUUGGUUUGCAACAGUUACAUUUUCUGUUUUCAAGUCAUU